AUGCGAUUCUUGUUCCUAUUCAUUUUACUGAUCCUUCCUGUCCCAGCAAUUCCUGAAGGAAUACCAUUCUAUCUAGAAUUGCUCAGCGACAAAACGAAAAACUGCUUCUUGAGAUUUUUCGAGACUGCUGUUUCGAAUGAUUUCUCGUGUUCCAGAAAGUUUAACUUUUUGGAGAAAGACAACGUCAAGAAGCGAGCAUCAUUUACAGCUGGGAAAGAUUGCUUCUUGAGAAUUGUUCAAGAAAAAUGCGAUCCGGAUCGAUAUGAUGUAUUCAAUUAUUAUUACGAGGAGCUGGUCGACACUUUGACUUUUAUUCCGGCUCAUUCUGGAUGCUCAGAAACAUAUUAUAGAUUAAAUGCUCAAAGAUGUUAUGCACAGAAGAAACUGAUGGAAAUUGAAAUCGAAAGGCAGUUGGAAAGGCAUCCAGGAUUGAAAAAUUCCACGGAAGUGAUGGUCUUGUGUAAGAAUAUUCAGGUUAGCAUAUUGGAAAUUAUAUCCAAUGUUCCCAAGUUUCAGGACUGCAUGGAAGGUCUGUGCUUCACUGAAGAUGAGCAAUCGGAAAUCGAAUUCAGUCUUGUUGUCCCAGAGCUUACAGUAUCCCACUUCGCCGUUUGUAUUCUGACAAUCGACAAAGAGCUUCCCGAUCUUUCAAAGUACAAAUGUCUAGAAAAUCAAAGUUUCUACGUGAAAACUCCAGAAUUUUUAUGCGAAAGAUACCGAAAAUCAAAAAGAGAGUGCUUGAGAGCUGUGACCCAAGACUAUUGUGGACGGGAUGUGGUAAAGCCGGUGGAAAAAUUUUUGGAUGAUUUGAUUGAUUUGAAAUGUAAAAAUGUGUUGUUUGGAAACUGA